AUUGUGAACGAGCAAGAGAAUUCAAAAAUAGGAAUAAUAUCGAAAAAUAAACAGAGUAGUUGCAAUUAUUUUUACCUCUUUUGUUUCGGUGUCUGUGGAAAUUUUUAAAAUUACUAUCGUAAAAUUAUAUUGCAAUAACACGUGUAUGUAUAUUGGUGCAUUAAACUGUUGUUAAAUGCGCGUGAAAUUAUAAACAAUAAACGUUUUACCUCGUCUUAUCGAAUAAAAUUCAUGUUAAUAUAGAUACAGAUCGUGACUAGCAUGUUUUCACAACUAAUUUAAUGCAUGUUUUUUUCCUCGUAAUAUUUACGAAGUUGGUUUGGAAACUUUAGUACCUUGAAAUUUGGCGUAACGGUUUUCCAAAUUGUAAGUGACCUAGUACUUGGAAGAGACAAAAGAUGGAUUAUUUUGUUGGAAAAGAAUUUGAAGUUUAUAACUUCAGAAUAAUAUGGAAUGCUAUCGCAUCUGUUGGAUGGUAUAUAAUUGCAGUUGUAAUCUCAUUUUGGUUGGCAUCUCCAUAUAUACGAGAAAAAUAUACAAGUUGGAAGUUGAAAAAGGAUGAACAAGAAUAUGCAGCAAAAUAUCAUAAAAAUCCUGAUCUUCUGCAAAAAAGAUUAUCAAGUUUUGAAGCUUCGCGUCAAAAAAUGCAGGAAGAAUAUUAUCAGAAAUCCAUAUUGGCACAACAAAAAGAAACAGAGAACGAAAAGGCAAAACAAAUACCAAAAUUGAUGUUGGACGACAACCAAUUGUUGGUGACAAGCAAUAGAUCAGGAAAGAAAGACAAUGAUUUAGCACCUUUUACAGAGAAGAAGCACAAAUCGAUAAGGGAAGAAUACAAUCCAUUAAUGGGUCACAGUUCUAGAGGGUAUCGACCCCCUAAACGCACUUGUUGUGGUAAAGGUGGUUGUGGGUAGUUAUCAAUGUAAUUUUAUCUUUCUAUUUUCGGCAUAACUAUUCAAAAGGAGAAAAUGGUUGGUUUAUAAACAACAAAUUUUGUAAAUAAUUAUUAAGAUGUCUUUCGUUGCAAUAAAGUUAUAAAUUUCUAGAAGAUACAUCUAAUAUAAUGUUUGAGUUAUUUUGAACUUUUAUAUUUGUCAUUUUUGCUGAAGUGGUGUUUAAUGCGUAGAGAAGUAGGAUGAGAGGAAAUAACUGUUUAUUGUUUCUUUUUUUUUUUUUUUUCGGGGAGGAUUCAAUUGUCAAGAAUUGUCGUUAGUUUGAAAGAAGUAAACGUAAACGUAAAAAGUUUGUAAAAUACUCGCAUGUUGAACAUCAUUUUUUUUCUUCAUUUUUAUUAAUAAUCGUUACUCGUAUAUUGCGUAACGCUUUUGUAUAUCGCCUUAUAUGCAUAUGUAGUACUUGACAAUAAUAAUUAUUACUUUUUAAUUAUCUA